GAGUGCCAGGCGGGCCCCCGGGGCAGCAUGACCAGCGAGGUGGUGGAGAACGAGCUGGAGUUCUACUCCAAGGCGGAGAAGUACUGGAAGGAUGUGCCGGCCACGGUGGAUGGGAUGCUGGGGGGCUACGGCCACAUCUCCAGCAUCGACAUCAGCAGCUCCAGGAAGUUCCUGCAGCGCUUCCUGCGGGAGGGCCCCAACCGGACGGGCACCAGCUGCGCCCUGGACUGCGGGGCCGGCAUCGGCCGCAUCACCAAGAGGCUGCUGCUGCCGCUCUUCCAGACUGUGGACAUGGUGGACGUGACAGAGGACUUCCUGACCAAGGCCAGGAGCUACCUGGGCGAGGAGGGCAGGAGGGUUCGCAACUACUUCUGCUGCGGCCUGCAGGACUUCAUCCCUGAGCCCAACGCCUACGACGUCAUCUGGAUCCAGUGGGUCAUCGGACACCUGACUGACAACCACCUCUCCGAGUUCCUGCGGCGCUGCCGCGCCGGGCUGCGGCCCAACGGCAUCGUGGUGAUCAAGGACAACAUGGCCCAGGAGGGAGUGAUCAUGGACGAUGUGGACAGCAGCGUGUGCCGGGAGCUGGCCGUGGUGCGCAGGCUGAUCCGCAGCGCCGGCCUGCGCCUGCUGGCCGAGGAGCGCCAGGAGAACUUCCCCGACGAGAUCUACCACGUCUACACCUUCGCCAUGAGAUGAGCCCGGCCGGGGGAGGGGCGAGGACGGAGCCUGCCCCGCGGGGAGGGUCCUGACCCUGCCCCCCGCCCCUCUCUCUCCAGGGCUUUGUCUUCCGAGCUGCUGCUGGUUGUGGUUUGCCAAAUACAUUCUCCU